AUGGAUCAGUGCUGGUACCACGGCAACAUCACUCGCUCCAGAGCCGAAGACCUGCUCUCCAAAGUAGGCAAGGAUGGCAGUUUCCUUGUGCGGGCCAGUGAAUCAAUUGCUUCAGCAUAUGCGCUCUGCGUGCUGUACCGGAAUUGUGUUUAUACCUACCGAAUUCUGCCCGAUAAAGAAAAAAAGCUAAUUGUCCAGGCAUCAGAGGGUGUUCCCGUGAAGUGUUUCGAUAACUUGGAGGAACUGAUAGAAUUUUACAAGAAGGAGAACAUGGGUCUGGUAUCACACCUCAAGUAUCCAGUGCCGCGGGAAGAGGAGGAGGCUGCAGAUGAACCGGAGGAGGAUGCUGACCUGGUGCCCACGCCUCCUAUCCUGCCCCCACGCAACAUCCUCAGGGCAUUGCCAAGCAGCGAGACAAAGGAGGUAUCUUCUCUCCCUGAAAACUCCAGGGUGGCCGAUGUUAAUAAACUGUCCCUUUCUGAGACACUACUCCAGCGACUGCAGUACCAGGACACCAGCAGCGUCUCUGAUGAGCAUCUUAAACUUAUCCAGGAUUACCUGCGAGUUCACAUCAUCAGUGACUUUGAGAUGGUGCAGACUGGCUCAAGCAAUCUUCCUCAACUGAAGAAACUACUUACACUUCUUUGCAAAGGACUCUUCAGUGAAGCCUCUAGGACUCUCCCAUCUCUGGAGUCUAUCCAGAAGGUGUUUGAGCAGCAGCUGCACCCUGGUGUCCAUCAGCGCUCACAAAUGCUCGGUGAAGCUAGUCCAGUCAAUAUUGUAUUGAAACUCAAUCAGCUGAUUUCUUUGCUGUCUUCCAUUGAAGAAAAGGUGAAAACACUGUUGAUUGAAGGUCCUGAUUCAACACACCGGCGUUCCCUUAUCCCCCCUGUCACUUUCGAGGUGAAAGCUGACUUGCUAGGAAUUUUCUCAAAAAUACAUCUCAAGGUUGAUGUGGAAAUGGGAAAACUGAUUAUCAAGAGAGCUAAGGAUGGUCCAGAAGACAAGUUUUAUACCCACAAGAAAAUCUUGCAGCUUAUCAAAUCCCAAAAAGUUCCUAACAAACUGGUGAUUGUGCUGGAAACAGAAAAAGAAAAAACGCAGCGGAAGGAAUAUGUUUUCUCUGAUUCCAAGAAGAGAGAAGGGUUCUGCCAACUUCUGCAGCAGAUGAAGAAUAAGCACUCGGAGCAACCAGAGCCUGAUAUGAUCACCAUCUUCAUUGGGACCUGGAAUAUGGGUGCUGCACCUCCCCCAAAGAAGAUCACAUCCUGGUUUCUCUCCAAGGGGCAGGGGAAGACCCGUGAUGACACUGCUGACUACAUUCCUCAUGACAUCUAUGUGAUUGGCACCCAGGAAGAUCCCCAAGGGGAGAAGGAAUGGCUGGAAACCCUGAGGCAAUCCCUGCAGGAAAUCACCAGUAUCACCUUUAAAGUGAUAGCAAUCCAUACCCUCUGGAACAUCAGGAUUGUUGUACUGGCCAAGCCAGAACAUGAGAACCGCAUCAGCCACAUCUGCACAGACAACGUGAAGACAGGCAUUGCAAACACACUGGGUAAUAAGGGAGCUGUGGGGGUGUCAUUCAUGUUUAAUGGAACCUCCUUUGGGUUUGUUAACAGCCAUUUGACUUCAGGAAGUGAAAAGAAACACAGACGCAACCAGAACUACACGAACAUCUUGCGCUUCCUGACACUGGGAGAUAAGAAACUGAGUCCGUUUAACAUCACUCAUCGCUUUACUCAUCUUUUCUGGCUGGGAGACUUGAACUACCGUGUGGAACAGCCCCCAACGGAAGCAGAGAAUAUUAUCCAGAAGAUCAGGCAGCAGCAGUAUCCGGAGCUGCUGGCUUUUGACCAGCUUCUCAUAGAGAGAAAGGACCAAAAGGUGUUUCUGCAGUUCGAGGAAGAAGAGAUUACUUUUGCUCCAACCUACCGUUUCGAAAGAGGUACCCGUGAGAAGUAUGCCUACACCAAGCAAAAAGCUACAGGGAUGAAGUACAAUUUGCCAUCCUGGUGUGAUCGAGUGCUCUGGAAAUCAUAUCCCAUGGUGCACGUUGUGUGUCAGUCCUAUGGCUGCACCACUGACAUCACGACAAGUGACCACAGUCCUGUCUUUGCCACCUUUGAAGUGGGAGUCACCUCACAGUUUGUUUCAAAGAAUGACUCCAAGUACACGGAUUCCCAAGGGGAGAUAGAGUUCCUGCACUGCUACGCUACUCUGAAGACCAAAUCCCAGACCAAGUUCUACAUUGAGUUCCACUCUAGCUGCUUAGAAAGUUUUGUAAAGAGCCAGGAAGGAGAAAAUGAGGAUGGGAAUGAAGGGGAGCUUGUGGUCAAGUUCAUUGAUGCUCUUCCAAAGCUGACUCCAAUUAUUUCAGACCCAGAAUACCUACUGGAUCAACACAUUCUGAUCAGCAUUAAGUCAUCAGACAGUGAUGAAUCUUAUGGCGAAGGCUGCAUUGCCCUGCGAAUAGAAGCAACAGAAUCCUUAGUUCCUAUCCAUACUGUGCUGACACACCAUGGUGAGAAAACAGGGGUUUUCCAAGGUGAAAUCAAGUUACAAACAUCACAAGGAAAACAGAGAGAGAAACUGUAUGAUUUUGUCAAGAUUGAACGAGAUGAAAUUGCUGGGCAGAAACCAAAGAACAUCAGCAACUUAGAGCCUUGCAAAGACUGGGAUCAGGCUAACAGAAAGUCAAAAUCUACUCAUCUGAUGGCUAGAGAGGCAGCAGCCAUUGCUCGCUAUUGGGGGAGUGCUUCCUCUUCUCCAGACAACCCAGGAAAGGAGGAUAUGUUACGCAGCUCCACUCCCACAGACAUCAGCAACCCCAACUACCUGGGGAUGACUGCUUUCUCUCAGCCACCCUCUGCAACCAGCCAGCUUAAGCAGAUACCUUCACCAGACCAGCCACCUUCUCUCUGGAGCUACGAGCAGCAGCCCAAAGAGACUACCUCCAUAAUGGGACAGAGUCAGUCAUCCUCUACGUCACCCUCCUUGUCGCCUCUGUCUCCAAAACCAUCCCUCCAGCCUACAGUGAACAGAAGUAUCUGUAGUCGGAGUCAAGAGUAUCUGCCGCCUGAACUGGGGAAAACCACAGCAGAGCCUUUGCUUCAGGAGGAGGGACAGCAAAAGCCAGAGAUGUUUGAGAACCCACUGUAUGGCUCUAUGAGCUCUAAGGGCAAAGUGGCAUCAAAGAAAGAGCAGGACUACCCCAAGGCCUUGCGAAAAGAGCAGCCGCCCCUGCCUGAUCAAAGCUUUCAUCUCACAAAGUUGCAGGAGCCUGAGAGCAGCAAGGCCUCUGGGAAACAACCAUCACCACCUUUCCUAGUCCCCACACAGAGAUUUCGGUCCUAUACCUGCUCUGGUCAAUCUGAAGAAAAGAAUACAGGUGAAAAGACUCAAGGCAAACCGAAGGUGAUGACAUCAUUAGAAAACUCAGCACCACUCAAAAAACUAGUCAAGCCAUCAAGGUCUGAAGUCAGCCCAAGCAUCCAGGGACAGCAUAACAAGCCGCCCCUUCCCUCGAAGAGCCGGGCAGUGCUGGACAUGCAGAACUCCAAGGGCCGAGACUAUCGGGACAGUUCAGAGCUGCCGCACUCCGCGAAGCAUCGGACAGAAGAGGGACCGGUCGGCCGGACAACUACCCCGGUGUGUUACUUGUGGGAGUAA